UUUACUUUGAAAGUCAUGGGCGGAAGCUGUGGCUCGUGUUGUUUUGUUAUUCCAGGUGUGCCGUGUCCGCCGCUGCCCUCCAGGUGGCGCUGUCACUCCUCCGGUCGGCUCCCGGAGCUCCGUGUUGACCCGGUAAUGAUCGACCUGCCGGGGGUCAUCGGGCUCCACCAUGGCGUGGAGGAGCUGCUCCGUUCUGCUCAGACUGGCCGGAGACGAUGUUUUACGGAGCUCCGUGAGGGGAGGCAGGUGGCCUCACAGCUUUCAGCAGAGAUGCGGCUUCAGGAAAGCCGCCAGGAAACCAGAAACCAAGAAGGUGGAAUCGGAGCUGGGACCCCCCCACGCAGAGUCCUCCGAGGCUGCGGUCCCCCGUCGGACCUCCACCCCCCACUGCGACCAGCAGGCUCCGCCCAGCUCCCCCCGGGCCUUCGGCCGGCUCGUCAGGCCGCUCGUCUUCACCGUGGGGGCUGCUCCUUCGGCUCGGCGGCCAUCUGGCAGUACGAGUCCCUCAAGUCUCGAGUCCAGAGUUACUUUGACGAGAUCCGAGCUGAUUGGCUGGAGAAGAUGCGGCCUCAGAAACGAGGAGACCUCCGCAAAGAGAUCAACCAGUGGUGGCACAGCUUGAGCGAGGGUCAGAGGACGGUAACAGGGAUCAUUGCUGCUAACGCCAUCGUGUUCUGCUGUUGGAGAGUACCGUCUCUGCAGCGCUCCAUGAUCAAGUACUUCACCGCCAACCCCGCCUCCAAGACGCUCUGCUCUCCGAUGCUUCUCUCCACAUUCAGCCACUUCUCUUUCUUCCACAUGGCGGCCAACAUGUACGUCCUCUGGAGCUUCUCCACCAGCGCCGUCUCCAUGCUGGGCAGGGAGCAGUUCGUGGCCGUGUACCUGUCCGCAGGGGUCGUUUCUUCGUUUGUCAGUUACGUGUGCAAGAUGGCCACCGGGAGGUUUGGUCCGUCUCUGGGAGCCUCGGGAGCCAUCAUGACCGUCCUGGCUGCUGUUUGCACCAAAAUGCCAGAAGCCAAACUGGCCAUCAUCUUCCUCCCCAUGUUCACCUUCACCGCUGCCAACGCUCUGAAGGCCAUCGUUGCCAUGGACACAGCAGGUGUGGUGUUGGGGUGGAAGUUUUUUGACCACGCGGCUCAUUUAGGAGGAGCCUUGUUCGGAGUCUGGUACAUCCUGUUUGGUCACGAGUUGAUCUGGAAGAACCGAGAACCUUUUGUUAAGCUUUGGCACGACCUGAGAACUGGAGGAGGGCCGGGCGGAGGUGGUGACGGAGGAGGCUCCCUGUAGGACGCUGAAACGCCGGGGCUGAUGGGAAAAAAAACAACCAUGUAAAGAUGUAUAGAAUGUACAGACGUGUCGCUGCACCGUUGGGCUUCCCCAGGACUAGUUACCAGGAAGCAGGUGGGCGUCACGGUGACUUCAGCUGGUGAUGUCACACAGACAACACCUGGAUUUGAAAUAUUGAUUCAUAUUUAUAAAAAAAUAAUCGACAUGAAUGAUUGAGAUGUUUUGUGUUUUUGCCUGUUUGUGUUCACAUUUUGUUUUCCUGUAGAGACAAACACAUGCUUUAUGUAGUCGCCGUGGAGACGGAGCAGAAAUCAACCCUGGGACUGAAAAUUAUUAUUUUAUUUUCAACUCAUUGUUCAGCCAAUAAAACGUCCAAUAAAAUUUAGUUCCUAAAGAAAUGAAACUGAACUUCUCACUUGAUAAACUUGUUAAAUUCUCUCGUUAGUCGAUUAAUUGAUUAAUUUAAGGCUUUAAUGAAAGCUCGUGCUCGGUGUUAUAUGUAAGAAAUGUAAAUAAGAGUCCGUCUGGUUCAGCAGUUAGUGAGCGGCUCUCUUCUGACGCGCUCUCGUCUUUCUGUCUGUUGGUUUGAAAUAAAACUGAAACGAUGUGAAAUGCUGACGCUGCGUCGACUGUAGCCUCUCCGUGGGGAUCGCGCUGACUGUUCAGACAGCUGCAUACAUAAAGCUCUGCUUCAUGAUGAAUGCAGUGUUAUAUGAUACACUUUGUAUUUUCAGCGAGGGUGAAUUCUGCCGCCUGUUCUCUGAUAUCUGACAUGUACAAACUGAAUGACCGGAUUCCUGUUAGCUACAACUGAGAGAUUCAUAUUAAACUGAUUUUGUGCGUAAGA